AUGCGCGACAUCGGCGAAGACCCGCGGUCGCAGCCACCGGUCGAGGCUGCCAAUGCCAGCGGCAGCCUGGGACCAGGCGACUGGGCCAUCACCGCGCUGUCGCUGGUCGUGGUCUUCGGGAUCGGCAUGUACAGCACCGUCAAGAAGCGCAAGGGCUCCGUGGCAGACAACUUCUUCCUGGCGGGCAGGAGCAUGCCGUGGUGGAUACAGGCGGCGUCGCUCUUCGCGUCAAACAUCGGCACUGAACACUUCGUUGGGCAGGCUGGAGCUGCCGCAGCUGGUGGAAUCGCUGUUGGUUUGUAUGAAUGGACUGCUGCCUAUUUGCUGCUCCUCCUGGGCUGGUUCUUUGCCCCAGUGUACCUGAGGUGCAGCCUGACAACCAUCCCUGAGUUCCUUGAACAGAGAUACAACAAGUGGUGCAGGGGCCUGUUUGUGAUCAUUACGCUCGUUGCGUAUGUGCUGUCAAAAAUCGGUGCCAGCUUAUAUGCUGGUGCUGUCGUCUUUGAGGUUGUUCUAGGAAUGGGCAUGUGGGUCUCAUCCCCUCUCAUCAUAGUGGGAACGGCUUUGUACACUGUUGCCGGGGGCCUGACGGCUGUCAUGUUCACAGACACAGUACAGAUGUUCAUGUUCGUGAUCGGUGGCUUCAUUGGAACCCACACAGCAUUGAAGCUGGUGGGCGGCAUGACCGGGCUCUUCAGCGUUCUAAGAGACAAUGGCCAGGAGUACAUGACACACAUGCUGCACAACGUGCACGUCAAUGAUUUUCCAUGGCCUGGCAUGCUCAUCGGUCAGCCCAUUGCGAGCAUAUGGUACUGGUGCAUCGACCAAGAGAUGGCCCAGCGUGUCUUGAGUUCCGAGAACCUGGAAGCUGCACAGCUUGGCACAGCGGCUGCAGGCUUCAUGAAAAUAAUGCCUGUCUUCAUCACCGCACCCUUGUUGCACAAGCUUGCACGUGCUUCAAUGUAA